GCCAUAUCCAAUUCUCCUCUGGAGUCUGGCGCUGGCACGGAUGAAAUACACCGUUCAAGCCUACGUUUCUCUCGACUUGUGGUCGCUCUCUAGACGGCAUUGUUCGUGUUCGGGAUGAGGGCGGCGCUCCGCAUCCCGCUGCGGGCUUCUUCCAAUUUUGAUCCCGCGGCGGUCAUACGAUCCAAUCUUGCCCACCUGAACUCGCCCCUGACUCGCCCUUCGACUUCUCCUACUCCCUCUCGCUUGUUCUCCUCCUUCCCCUCUGCAACUACGCCAUCCGCUGCAACCGAGCAACGCCGUCUCUGCGAUCGAGUAUCACCGCUGUUUCGUGCUCGGAACGCUUCCACCUCUGCUACUCCGAUACAGAAUGAUGGGCGGCAAUCUGGAUCGGGAGGGUCGCGUAGCAGAAUCAUCAAGUAUGGUGUGAUCGGUGGAACAAUUCUGAUAGGGGCGGUCGUAUUUUCGGAUCAAGUCCAACACUACUACAGCGCAGCAGCGCGGACUGGACGAGUCGUUGGCGCACUCGCUGUCUGUAUCAACGAUUACCGCGUUACCCUCAAGCAAGAAGCCUCCAUCCCAGAAGACCGUGACGAAGCGAUACGGGCCUGUCACAAGCGCUGCGCGGAGCGUACUCUGCGUGUUCUCGAGAAGAAUGGCUCGAUCUUUAUCAAGCUAGGUCAACAUCUUAGUAGCAUGGGCUAUCUGCUACCUUUGGAGUGGACGACCACAUUCAUUCCGCUCCAAGACAAAUGUCCUGUUUCGUCUCUCGAGUCAAUCGAAGCGAUGUUCGUGGCCGACACUGGCCGUCGUAUUGAUGAGCUCUUCUCGUCUUUCGAUCCGCAGCCUAUUGGCGCCGCUUCCCUCGCCCAGGUCCAUGUAGCUACACUCAAGGAAACUGGCCAGAAAGUCGCGGUGAAGGUGCAACAUCCAGCGUUGGCAGAGUGGGCGCCUUUGGAUUUGGCAUUGACUCGUUUCACUUUCUCAACGCUGAAACGUUUCUUCCCGGAAUACGAUCUGGAAUGGCUGUCCAAGGAAAUGGAUCUGUCUUUGCCACAAGAAUUAGAUUUUCGGAUGGAAGCAGAGAAUGCCAUGCGGGCUAGCGAGUACUUCAAGAAGCACUCGGAUGCUCCGCUGGUUAUCCCCGAAGUGAUGUGGGCUCAAAAACGCAUUCUUGUUAUGGAAUUUUUAUCCGGACGACGACCCGACGACCUCGAGUUCCUGGACUCCAAUCACAUUGACCGCGAUGAAGUUUCCGCCGCAUUGGCACAUAUCUUCAACGAGAUGAUCUUCGGCGACAACGCUCCCUUGCACUGCGAUCCUCAUGGCGGGAAUAUCGCUAUCCGUCCGAACCCCAACCGUCGCCAUCACAACUUCGAUGUUGUACUCUACGACCAUGGGCUCUACCGUGACAUUCCCCAAGAUCUUCGUCGCAAUUAUGCUAAGCUCUGGCUGGCCGUAAUCGAGGCCGAUGAGUCACGCAUGCGCGAAUCCGCUCGCAAGGUUGCUGGUAUCACGGAUGAGCAGUUCCCUCUCUUCGCCAGCGCCAUCACUGGUCGUGACUAUAUGGUUCUCAAGAAGAAGGAUAUCACCUCCACGCGCACGUCGGAGGAAAGGGAAAGCAUGUCUGGGGCUCUGGGAGAGGGCAUGUUGCAACAACUUGUCGAGCUGCUGGGCCAAGUCCCUCGUAUCAUCCUUUUGAUCCUAAAGACCAACGACCUGACCCGCAGUCUUGACGAAAACCUUCACACCCGCCAAGGACCCGUACGCACCUUCCUCAUUCUUGCUCGAUACGCCACCCGAACCGUCUUCGAGGAACAGUUGGAAGCCGUCCAUGAAUCAGGCGGCAUCUUCCGCCCCGCGAACUUCUGGCGUUUCCUUUGCGCCUGGACCGGCUUCCUGCGCGUAGAGUUAAAGCUCUCUAUCUACGAGACUCUUUUGUCGCUGAAGAGUCGCUUCGGAUCGGCAUAGAGCAUCUUACCUUAAUCCUCUGUACAGUCUUCUAAACCCCAGCUCAAUUUUUUUUGCAUCUCUCGCUUUGCACCGUGAGUCUUUCUGAGGUUCAGGGGGGGGGGGGGG